CCGGCGGGCUCCGCGAUUCCAUCCUCCUGUUCUUUAUCUCCCUCCUUCCACCUCUCACUUUUCAGUCGAGUAGUCUGGCAGCUGAAUGUUGGUGUACUGAUCGCUGAACUGCGGGACUCCCGAGAGCCAUGCCAGAGAUAGUGGAUUCGUGCUCCUUGGCCUCUCCGGCUUCUGUCUGCCAGACCAAGCAUCUGCACUUGCGCUGCAGCGUUGACUUUACUCGCCAAGCGCUGACCGGGACCGCGGCGCUGACGAUCCAGUCUCAGGAAGACAAUCUGCGGAGCCUGGUACGGUGGGACGAGCGCCCAGUGCCCGCCUCUUCCCCUGCCAUCAGCCUCUCGCCCCUCACCCUGCUGCAGCCCCUUCCCAGCCCCACGUCCCCGUCUGCUCCCGCGUGCCUCGGAAUUCAAAUUUUAGUUAGAUUGAAUUACACUCUACUAAUCUGUUUAUUUGUUUUAUAUAGAAAUCAAGAAGUCGUUAUAGAAAUUUCUUUUGAGACGUCUCCAAAAUCUUCUGCUCUUCAGUGGCUGACUCCUGAACAAACUUCUGGGAAGAGACAUCCAUAUCUCUUUAGUCAAUGCCAGGCUAUACACUGUAGAGCAAUUCUUCCUUGCCAGGACACUCCGUCUGUGAAAUUAACCUACACCGCAGAGGUGUCUGUCCCUAAAGAACUGGUAGCACUGAUGAGUGCCAUUCGUGAUGGAGAAGCACUUGACCCAGGAGACUCGAGCAGGAAAAUAUACAGAUUCAACCAAAAAGUCCCGAUCCCCUGCUACUUGAUUGCUUUAGUUGUUGGAGCUUUAGAAAGCAGGCAAAUUGGCCCAAGAACAUUGGUCUGGUCUGAGAAAGAGCAGGUGGAAAAGUCAGCGUACGAAUUUUCCGAGACUGAAUCUAUGCUUAAAAUUGCAGAAGAUCUGGGAGGCCCGUAUGUUUGGGGGCAAUAUGACCUGCUGGUCCUGCCACCAUCCUUCCCUUAUGGUGGCAUGGAAAACCCUUGCCUCACCUUUGUAACUCCUACUCUGCUGGUUGAUAUUCUCAAUCAAGUUGAUUGGAAUACCUGGCUCUACUCUCCUGGACUGCCUCCUGUAAAACCCAAGGACCUUGCUGCCUUUGACAAGUCCCGUGAUCAAGCCAUUCAUACCUACCAGGAGCACAGAGCCAGUAUGCAUCCUGUGACCGCCAUGCUGGCACCUCUUCCAUUGGGGCACAUAAAGCGAAUGCAAGAGGUGUACAACUUCAAUGCCAUUAACAAUUCUGAAAUACGAUUCAGAUGGUUACGGCUCUGCAUUCAAUCGAAAUGGGAGGAAGCCAUUCCUUUGGCUUUAAAAAUGGUGACUGAACAAGGAAGAAUGAAGUUUACACGACCCUUAUUCAAGGACCUUGCUGCCUUUGACAAGUCCCGUGAUCAAGCCAUUCAUACCUACCAGGAGCACAGAGCCAGUAUGCAUCCUGUGACCGCCAUGCUGGUGGGGAAAGAUUUAAAAGUGGACUGA